CGGCCCACAGGAUACACUCUCCUCAUAGAGGCUCGCUGAGGGCGGUGGAGUGAGCGCUGGCGGUUGCGCACGGCGCGUGUGGGCGUGUCCGACCCGGGCCACGCUGCCCGCCCCACCCCCUUUGUCGGUUGCCCCCAGGCCAGACUCCCAGCGAACGGCGGACGGUUGGCCUGGCACAUGUGCUCUCAGCGGGCUUCGCUGCCUGCAAUCAGGUCCGGGCCAGGCAUGCUGGGAGCCCCUAGUGGUACAGCUACCACCGCUGCCUCAGUCGCGGAAAGCAGGGCGAGUCUAUGAGACGCGGAGAUGAAAUUCCCGGCCUCGGUGUUAGCGUCCCUGUUUCUGUUCGUGGCCGAGACUACAGCGGCGUUCUACCUGAGCAGUACCUACCACUCGGGCGGGGACCGCAUGUGGCAAGCGAUGACGCUGUUUUUCUCGCUGAUGCCCUGUAUUCUAGUGCAGUUCACGCUCCUCUUCGUCCACCGGGACCUCAGCCGUGAUCGCCCGCUGAUGCUGCUCUUGCACCUGCUCCAGCUCGGGCCCCUGUACAGGUGUUUUGAAGUCUUUUGCCUCUACUGUCAGUCCAACCAGAAUGAAGAACCUUAUGUGAGCAUCACUAAGAAGCGACAGAUACCAAAAGAUGGCCUCUCAGAGGAGAUUGAGAAGGAGGUGGGCCAGGCAGAAGGCAAGCUAAUUACCCACCGUUCUGCAUUCAGUCGGGCAUCAGUGAUCCAGGCUUUCUUAGGCUCUGCCCCACAACUGACCCUACAGCUGUAUAUUACCAUCUUGCAGCAAAGCAUCAGUACUGGAAGAUGCUUCAUCAUGACCUUGUCCCUGUUGUCCAUUGUGUAUGGAGCCUUGCGUUGCAACAUCUUAGCCAUCAAAAUCAAGUAUGAUGAGUACGAGGUCAAAGUCAAGCCCCUGGCCUAUGUCUGUAUCUUCCUCUGGAGAAGUUUUGAGAUUGCCACUCGGGUCAUUGUCCUGGUCCUCUUUACCUCUGUCCUCAAGGUCUGGGUAGUGAUAGUCAUACUUGUCAACUUUUUCAGCUUCUUCUUUUACCCCUGGAUCAUUUUCUUGCGCAGUGGCUCCCCAUUCCCAGAGAACAUUGAGAAGGCCCUAAGUAGGGUGGGCACCACCAUCGUGCUCUGUUUCCUUACUUUUCUGUAUGCUGGCAUCAACAUGUUCUGCUGGUCAGCCGUACAGCUGCAAAUUGACAAUCCUGACCUCAUCAGCAAGUCUCAGAAUUGGUACCGGCUGUUGAUUUACUACAUCGUAAGAUUCAUCGAGAAUGCUCUUCUCCUGCUCCUGUGGUAUUUUUUCAAAACUGAUUUGUACAUGUACGUGUGUGCGCCUCUGCUGAUUUUGCAGCUGCUCAUUGGGUACUGCACCAGCAUUCUUUUCAUGCUUGUGUUCUAUCAAUUUUUCCACCCUUGUAAAAAGCUCUUCUCUUCCAGUGUUUCUGAAUGGUUUAGGUCAUGUCUCACAUGUGCCUGCUGCUCCUACUUAAGGAAGAAAUCCACUGCGGCAGGAAAGACUGAUAUAGACUUAAAGCCAUAUACAGAUCAAUAUGUAACACCUUCUACCAGUAGAAUGAGUCCUGAGUCCAGUGAGAUGUGGAGUGCCGUUGAUCUGUGUGAUGCUUAAUGGAACCUGAAGCUUCUUACAAGACGGAUAUUGUGUUCUGCGUUAAUUACUAUUUUUUUCAUAUAAGUAAUGAGCCCUGCACAGGGAUAAGGCAGGAAGUUUUCUGUCAACUCCUUGUGACCUGCUGCUUUUUAUAAAGCUCUUGGAUUUGAAGCAACUUUGGGAGAAGUAGGAAAGUCUACUACCCCACAGUUUGUUUCACACUUGACUCUGUUACAUUCUUACAGGCUUUGGUGGACAUUUCAUUGAUUGAAUGAUACCCCUGAAAUUUCAGUUGAGCUGGUCAUAUUCAUUAAUUAGAAUAAAGAAAUGAUUGUUUUUCUACUUUUCUAGACUGUUGUCUCAGUAGCUGGAUGUUUUACUACUACUGAAUAUAGCUUUAUCUAAAAGUCACCAUGAUAGCCAGAAUAUACUAGGGAUUUUACAACCUCAUUCUGAUCAUAGCUUACAGGGAGAGCUAUUUAAGUUUGUUUUAUCAAUAUGUUCCAUUUUCACUUCAUUAAAACUUUUUUUAUAUAACCAACUGUAGUCAUUCUGGUUUCAAAGGCCUAGACUUGGGGACUUUAUUCCCUGGGAUCCUUUGGUACAGGUGUUUAGGAAAGCCAUGUUUCAUUCCACGUGUUGAAGACAUUAGGGAUCAGGAUGGACUAGGACAAUUGUUAGAAUGUCAAAAUGUUGGAAGCUUAUACAAAUAGAAAUGCCCUAUAAUUCUGGGAAAUUUCUGGCAGAUUUUUCUAAGAUAAAUAUUUUAAGAAUUGUCUCCUUGUGGGGCUCCUGUCCCCUCCACGUCCCCCUAUUCCCACCCCUUUUUUCCUCCAUAAGACUCCCUGUGCUCUGCCCAAAGAUUGGCUGUGAGUCUCGCAUCUGUGUUGAUACCCUGUUGGAUGAAUCAUUUCAGAGGACCAAUUCCACUGCCUCUGGUUUUCUCUCUUCCACUGCUUCUGGUGUCUACCCUGUUUGCCAUUCUGAAUGAGAUUUAAGCUUCCUCCCUAGGGUCCUCCUUAGUGUUUAGCUUCUUUAGAUCUGUAGUUGCCUAUCUUAUAUUAUACAGCUAAUAUCCUCUUAUAAGUGAAUAUAUACCAUGCCUGUCUUUCUGUUUCUGGGUUAACUCACUCAAGAUGAUCUCUUCUAGCUUCACCUGUUUGCCUACAAAUUUCAUGAUUUCCUUGCUCUUAAUAGCUGAGUAGUAUUCCAUUGUGUAAAUGUACCACACUUUCUGUAUUCAUUCCUUCAUUGAGGGACAUCUAGGUUGUUUCCAUAUUCUGGCUAUUACAAAUAAAGGUGUUAUGAACAUAGUU